AUGAUUGCAUUAGAGCAUUGUUAAUAGCUAUUAGAGCUAUAUAUACUUGAAUUUAGUCAUCCUGAUGAAAUUUAUGUUCAUGGCGAUGAACCAAUAUAUUAGAAUUUAAACUAAAGUAAACUCCAGUUUUUGAUAGACAUACCACUCAACAUGUUUAAUCGGUGUUAUGGAAAAAGAUAAUCAAUAACACUACUUCAGAAUACCUUUUAAUAAGAAUUUCAAAUCAAAAAUGAUUAUGGUUUGUUUGAGACAUAUGAACCUAAGCCUUAUCUGAUUGUUGUCGAUAGAGACAAAUCGGAUGAUAAAUAUAGAUUAGAAGCCAUGAUGAAGAAAAGGAUAAACGAAAUGCUAAAAAUAGAGAUCACAACUUACCAUAUGAUGAAUACAUUCAUCCUGCAAAACAAAUUUAAGUUAAAUUGUUGUUAUUGA